GUCGAGGAGCUAGUGUAGGCCCCCGGGACUUGAGCCAUUGACCGGCCCAUGAUGCACCCCACCUUCUUCCCCUUACCAAACCUGCAGCGGGAAGUCUCAGGAUGCCCCAGGGACCGCCUCCUGGGAGCUCUACCUAGGGCCCUGUGGCUGGCCAGGACGCCAGACUCUGGCGUUUUGUAAAAAGUGCUGGAGUUGAGUCUGGUAGAAAACUGAACGGCGGGAGCUAGCCAAGGCAAGGCCUUCAGUGCCGACUGCGAGACUACUGUCUGCCAAAAUGUCUGAAAGAUCAGAUCUCCUUCACUUCAAGUUUGAAAAUUAUGGAGAUUCAAUGUUACAAAAAAUGAACAAAUUAAGAGAAGAGAAUAAAUUUUGUGAUGUUACUGUUUUCAUAGAUGAUGUUGAGGUACAGGGGCAUAAAAUUGUUUUUGCUGCAGGUUCCCCCUUCUUAAGAGACCAGUUUUUACUGAAUGAUUCCCGAGAGGUGAAAAUCUCCAUAUUACAGAGUUCUGAAGUGGGGAGACAAUUGCUCUUAUCCUGUUAUAGUGGAGUGCUGGAAUUCCCCGAGAUGGAGCUGGUAAAUUACUUGACUGCUGCGAGUUUUCUCCAAAUGAGCCACAUUGUAGAACGGUGCACACAGGCGCUGUGGAAGUUUAUAAAGCCAAAACAACCAAUGGAUAGUAAAGAGGGAUGUGAACCACAGAGUGCUUCUCCCCAGUCGAAAGAACAGCAGGGAGAUGCCAGCGGCUCUCCAAAACAGGACUUACCUUGUAUUCAUCCAUCUGAAGACAGUAUGGAUAUGGAGGACAGUGAUAUUCAGAUUGUUAAGGUAGAGUCUAUUGGGGAUGUAUCAGAGGUUAGAAGUAAGAAAGAUCAGAACCAGUACAUUUCCUCUGAGCCCACUGCUUUGCAUUCGUCAGAGCCCCAGCACUCCCUGAUAAACUCAACUGUGGAAAACAGAGUAAGUGAAUUAGACCAGAGCCAUCUCCACAAUUACGCCCUCUCUUACACAGGCAAUGAUGACAUCAUCAUGACCUCAAAAGAUGUCUUUGGGCCUAAUAUUCGAGGUGUAGACAAAGGCUUACAGUGGCAUCACCAAUGCCCAAAGUGUACCAGGGUGUUCCGUCACCUGGAGAACUACGCCAACCAUUUAAAAAUGCACAAACUCUUUAUGUGUCUACUCUGCGGCAAGACUUUCACUCAGAAAGGCAAUCUUCAUCGACACAUGCGUGUACAUGCCGGAAUUAAACCUUUCCAGUGUAAGAUCUGUGGGAAAACCUUUUCUCAGAAGUGUUCCUUACAGGACCAUCUUAACCUGCACAGUGGAGAUAAGCCCCAUAAAUGUAACUAUUGUGACAUGGUAUUUGCACAUAAGCCAGUUUUGAGGAAACACCUUAAACAGCUACAUGGCAAAAACAGCUUUGAUAAUGCCAAUGAGAGGAAUGUGCAAGACCUCACAGUGGAUUUUGAUUCUUUUGCAUGUACAACAGUCACAGACUCUAAAGGUUGUCAACCACAACCUGAGGCAACACAGGUCCUGGAUGCAGGUAAACUGACCCAAGCUGUGCUCAGUUUAAGGACUGAGAGUACAUGUGUAAACUGAUGAGGGCCUAGUGCUUACAGCUAGGAUUGACUGAGAGUGUGCCAAUAGUGCUGAGUCUUUUUAGGAGUGGUUUUGAUAGUUUCUUCUCUGAAGCCUCUGAGCAGGUGGUUGUGGGUGACCACCAGCAGACCAGGCAACUCCCACUUGCAGUGGCUUUGCUUUCCUUUAGCCCUCUCUUUGAGUUAUUUAUCCUAUGAUGUCUGUUUUCCUUUUCUAAGGAAUAAUUCCAUUUGUCUACCUAGUGUCGAUACAUGUCUUAGACUGACAACUAUUUUAAUCUUUUUACCAAGCACAUUCUGAAGGUACUAACAAAUAACAUACUUCCCACUAAUAGAUGCUGUGCUCAGAAAAAGUUCCUAUUUUUCUUUGGGGGUAAAAAUGAGGCUGGGAUAUGUGGUAAUACUGCUGUUGACCUAACUAAGUGAUAGAACCUCUGUUUGUCUACUGUGAUUCAUUUAAGACUAUGAUCAAUAAGUCUGCUUCCUACCAUUUGUACUUUUUUAGAGCUGCUAUGAAGAAGUAUGUUGGUUUAUACCUUAAACACUAACACAGUCCAUUGAAUUGUUCUUGUAACCAAGAAUGCAAUGCUUUCAGCAACAUCUGCAGGCAAAUAGGGACCACAAUGGGGAGGGUAACCAGCAAAUAAUAGAAGUAUAAUAAAACAACUGUGGACACAUGGAAGGUUUUCUUAACAUGUCUCAAGAGGCUGGCUGCUUACCUAUUUACUCUGUUGAUGCUUUUGUAAUUGAAAGUGCUUUGGGUAUAUUUAAGUGGGCUAAAGAAUAAUGAAUGGUCUCUAUAGGAAUGGACUAUACUGGAGUCUGAACUUCGUGUCAGAGUUUAUUACAUAAGAAAGGUGAGUUUGGCCAUCACUUUUGUACAGUUUAUAGUGUCUCCUGGUUUUUCUUUUCUCAUGUACCUUCAUCUUGAAAACAUGAAAACACAAAACAAAAACAAACAAAAAACUGGGAUACAGAAGAACAACCAGAAUUUUUGCAUUUAGAUAGUCUUAAAGAUGCACAAUACACUCUUCAAUUUGCCACCUUUCAUAGCUGAUCUUGAAGGAUGGAAAAAAAAUUCUUUAUUCUAAAGUACAUUUCAGACAUGAUUUUGAGCUUGUUUGUGAGCCAAAGGUCACAAUAACUUUUAUACUGUCUGUGUCAUUUUAAAUCAGAGCAUUCAGAGUCAAACAGGUCUGGCCACCACUGGCAAAAAUACAAUACACCUGACUAAAUAUGAAUGACUGCCCUCAUGUCUUUCCUGCUAUACCUUGGCUUUAAAGAUGGUGAAUAAUAAUACAUUAACAGAAAGUUUCCAGUUUUGUUUCACUAAUUUACAUCCCUUUUGGCCUUUAGAGACAGCCUAGGAUUUGCCAACAAAAUGUCACAGAAGAACUUGUGAUAAUUACGUUUUUAAACUUAUUUUGGUGGUUUGUGCCUGUAAUCUUAGAAUUUAUUAAAUUGAAGCAGGACGGGUGCUAUAAGUUAGAUGCCAGCCUGGACUAAAACCUAAAUAAAUAUAACUAUUUUAUUGUAGUGGGCUGGGAGUCACCCAGUGUCUUACAUGUGCUAUUGAAGUCUGAACCUACCACUGAGGUACAACUCUAGCCUGUUAAUUUUUUUUUUUUAAAGCUAGUUUAAUAUUAUUUCUAAGUGAAUGAAUUUGGUUGGGUUAUGAAGGAAAGGGCAAAAGAAUAAUGUGAGAUAGAUCCAAAUGUGAAACUGUUUUUAUCUGGGAAACUUUAUUUCUAUCAGACUUUUGUUUUUAUUUUUGAGUUAUGGGAGUACAUACACAGAUAAUCCAAAAAUUAAACUUAAUAUAUGUAGAUGACAAGAAGUUUUGUUAUAAUUUGAUAUAUUUACACAUGGCUCAGAUUUGAGGCAUAAUUUUUACUAAAUAUUUAAAUAAGAAUACCCAACAUACUCAUUGUAUGGUUUAAUAAUGCUUUCUAGCACUCUGAAUUUUAAUGAUUCAUCCAAAGACAAUGGGAUCUACCAUGUUAUCCAAUGUUUUGAAUAAUUUCUCUGGAAUUUUUUUUCAUAGGAACAUUUCAAAAUCAUGGAGCUCCACAUGUUAUUAUUAUUGUCUGGUUUCUGUUUGUCUGAAGAUGAAAAAACAGCAUGAUUUCAAAUGAUAUUGAUCUCUAUUUCAAUCUCUCAAAGGCCUUUUUUUUUCCUCCCCCUAAAUGUUGGGGAGUUUGAACCCAAGGCCUCAAGCAUGUUGAACACGUUUUCUACCACUGAGCUACUCCCUCAGCCUCAAGAAACAUGAACAAUCAAUUGGUAUUUCCAGGUACUAUGUUAGAUUGUGAGGAUAGGAAGGUAAGAUUGAUAUGAUCCCUGUCAUGUGAUUUUAGUGAGACAAGGUCUCCAUUUUACUUCAUAACUAAGAAUGGCUACCUUGUUUUCUUUUGACCACUUAAAGCAGUGGUUCUCACCCUUGAGUCCUAAUCCUGUAGUAGGUGGGUUGAACAACCUUUUUCUUUUCACAGGGAUCACCAAGACCCUUAGAAAACACAAAUGUUUACAUUAUGAGGAACUAUAUCCAAGGGCCUCAGUAUUAGGAAGGGUGAGAACCACUGGCUUAAUGUCAGCUUUCUUAGGGUUUUCUGUUAUUAAAAUUUUAGCUUUUCACUUACCUGAUUUAUGGUCUCUUCCAUUUCUUGCCUGGAGAAGUCUUCUGUGAGACAUUUAAGUUUGGUGGGACUUGGCUCUUUGCUUACAUGUUUCUCAGAUUUUAUUGCCAUGACACUGAUUUAUUUUAUAG